ACAGUGAGCGCGCGAACUCGGUUGCGUUCACUUUUGAAGUUUUCUCUCUCUCUUCGAUGGAUAUUCCGUCGUGUUUGUGAUGUUCGUGGUGAAGUGUUAUAAUAAUUUAAAUAAUUAAAUACGUUCUGUGUCGGUGUGUGUGUUUGGUGUAAAUAAGGAAAGGAGUUAAAUGUGAAAUAACGUGAAUUUCCAAAUUAACAUUUACAGUAUAGGCCUACGAAACCUCUCCAUUGGUGUUUACGAAAAAUAAUCAAAUCUUUUUCAUAGCACAAGGCUGAUAAAGGUUUCUGAUGUGUUAAAAAUUCCAACCAAGUAAUUCAGCGAAUGAUCAAACACCAGGAAAUAGAACGGGGCCUCCGGAGUAGCACAAAACCGCUACUUUUACCUAAACAAGGCUGAGGGAAUACCAAAUGAACGCGACGCUGCUGGGCAGGUAUUACCUCAUCAAUAAGACAAGGAAGUGAGGAGGCCCACUUGAUCUUGCCCCUACUGCCAUUUUGGUCACCUUGUGGGCUACAUGUUUUGAUGAGAGUGAGUGAGUGAGUGUGUGUCUCUUACCUGACUCACUCACCCAUCCACCCACCUGCCUUGAGAGGACUGUCACCCACCACCCACCGACUGCUUUUGGAGCGAGUAACGGAAAGCGAAGCAAAAUGCCAAGCUUGCCAGAGGCUGUGGAUAUGAAGUAUGGGGAUGAAUGUCCUGAUGCACAAGUAACUGAAGUCGCUUGUGUUGCCCUGACUCUCAAGCGUUCUGGCCGACAGCGGUUGCCAUCAGUUCUCAUCCUCUCUGAAUGUGAUAUUGAAGAAGCUGGUGAUGAAGAGGAGGUUGAGAAGAAGUGUGAAGGAGUCAGAGAGUUGGAUUUAUCCCGAAAUAAACUCAAAGAAUGGGAUGAGGUCUUCAAGAUUUUACGACAUCUCCCAUGUUUAGGUUUUCUUAAUCUUAGUUUCAAUUCCUUUGAAACGCCCAUUUCUGAACCCAGUGCAGUGGUUGGUCUCUCAAACCUCACACGCUUGGUCCUUAAUGGAACAGAGCUGCCAUGGAGGGACAUCCACAUACUUCUUGAAAAUGCACCCAAGGUUGAAGAGCUUCAUAUAUGUAAAAAUGGGUACAAGAAGGUAGAAGCAACCAAAAAGCAGUAUCCCACAGUCAGUCGUGUCCACUUCAACAACAAUCCAAGUUCAAAUUGGAGUGAGAUUGAAGCUUUGGGGGAAAUGUUCCCAUCUUUGGAGGUUUUGAUAUUGGCUGAAUGUCCACUGAGUGCCUUGUGUCGAGAGGAAUUGUACUGUGAGAAGUUUCCCAACCUUAAGUACUUAUCUCUCAACUGCACAAAAAUUAGUAAUUGGGAUUCAGUUGACCUAGUUAACUGGUUCCCAAAGCUGUCGGAACUUCGAUUGCAACAGUGUCCACUCUAUGAGUCAUACAAAGAUGAGGAAAGGCGACAGUUAACAAUAGCAAGAUUAUGGAGGAUUCAGAGGUUGAAUGGUGGAGCUUUGAUUACACCAGAGGAAAGGGAGAAUGCAGAACGAGCUUUUAUUAGGCAUUACAUGAAUGAUGAGGUUCGACCAAGGAGGUAUGAUGAACUUAUUCAUCAACAUGGUGAAUUGGACCCAUUAGUUGAAGUAAGUUUGCAGCCUGAAAAGGAGGUUGAUGUAACCGUUAGGUAUAAUGACACGGUCCUUCAUAAGAAGUUAAGUGUAUAUUCACGGGUAUUAGAUCUGAAGAAGGAACUUGAACCAGAGAUUGGCUUACCAGCUAAUAAGAUGAGAGUAUUUUAUCACGAUAAAGGAGUUGAAUUUGGUGUGGCAUACACACCAGAGGAACUGAAGAUCAGUAGCAAACAGCUAUACACAAAAAAUGUCCGGUCGGGGGAUGAGUUCAUCAUCUACUCCAAAGUUUAACCUUAGUGGGGAGAGGUGCUGGGUAUAUUGUGACUUCUUCGUGCAGCCAGCAUAAAUACCUGCAACAUUUGAACAGUAACAUCCUAUACCAAAUUAUAUCUGUAAGAUUUUAUAUUAUAACAAUUUUACUGAUGAAAGUAGUUAUGAUAUGCAAGCUAUAACUGUGAUUUCAUUCCAGGUAUUUUUGGGGCCCAUAGUUCAUUUGAAUGUGCUAUCGAACUGCCAUGAAAGUAUUAUGCUAAUGGGUAAAUAGAGCCAUGAGGCUUUUUAUGUGAUGAUUAUGAUUCUGUAAUUUUCAUAGUGAGGCCAGAAGUGAAGAGGAAGUCUUGCCAGUCCCCCAAAAAAUACAGGAUGAGAUUUUGGUAUUAAAGGUUUGCAUGUUGCACUUUAAUAAAGAAAUACUAUUACUCAGGUUUAAAACUUCAUAAUUGCAAGUAUGUUGUGUUGGUGGCAGCUUAGAAAAGUCCCCCUGUGGUGGGGCUUUUGUUUUAAAUGGAGACUGCUUGAUGUUCGUUUAAUAGCGAGAAUUGUUCCAGUUGCAUAAUUGCUGACAGUCAUUGUUGAGGUAAACAGUUGCUUCCAAAGCACUUUAUAGUUGAAUUAAAAGGAAUAACUUUAUGAAGAAAUGUUAGUAGCUUCAGAUUUCUUUUGGAAUGGCUAUUGUAACUACUGGUAUUACUUAUGAAACAUUUAACUGCAGUAUUUGCAAUAUAAGCAGCAUCAGUGUGGCUCUUGUGAAAUAUUGUCAGUCUCUUAUUUGGCAGUUGUUAUGGAAACACAGUGAAGGAAACAUAAUAAUGCCGUAUAAAAAUAGUAUACUGGAGAAUAACAGCUUGAAUUUCUUUUUACUAUACUAUGAUGGAAUUAACGUAUCACCUGCUAAUUUCAUUUGAGUGGAUGUCUUUUCAGACUAAAAUCCAUUCCAUAGAAGUAUUCACUAAUUUUUUUUUUUUUUUUUUUUUAACUACAGUUGCACAAAAAAUAUGCAUUAUGAAUCAUAACAUCUGUGCAGUGAACAAAUCUCCUACCACCAGGCCAAGUUCUGUUUGCAGAUCCAAUACAGUGACCAUCUUGCGAAAACAUUUGGAACAAGACUCGAAUGUAAAACUUGCACCAGCUGUUUUUAGGUUUUUUCUGUUAACAAUUUACAGAAAAGCUGAAGAUUUCUAUACAGUAAGUUUCAUUUGACAAAAAAAAACUACGUAUAUAGCAAUCAAGCUGUAAUAUUUUCUUAAUUCCCAAUGUGAAUUUAUGGGAAUUGGGAACAUUUCCUCGUGAGGAAAUUCUUGUAUAAUACAGUUUUAUGUAUAUUGGGUGAUUGUACAUUAAUGAUAAAAUGACCUUAAAUAGAAAUGAAAAAGCCUUGUGAUCUUAAACUGUAAAAUGCUUAACUAAUGUAUCCCAGUGGAGAUUAGUUCUGAAGUGGUUGUCCUCUACAAAUGUUGUGACACUUAUUACAUACGCAUUAUUUUUUUUUUUUCCAGAUUGUAGGAUAUUGCCCUCAUAGAAAGUGACAGAAUAUUUUGUUCAGGAUUAACCUGUUUAAUAUACAUACACAAAAUGCAGUAUAUAGAAUUUGCAGUUUUCAAAUAUAUAUUAGAAAAACGCUUGAAUUUGAAAUACAGUACUACUGAAUGUUUGAAAUCUAAAACUAAAUUCCUUAACAAAUACUGAAAUGUAGCUUUUUAGAAUUUUUAACAAUUUUUUAACUGUAACGCUGGACAAAUGUGCAUAUUUGAAGCUGUUUAGUAUUCUUUGACGAGUUUUCUCUGAGGCUUGCCAUUAUCAACUGUUCGUAAUAUACUCUUGCAGACAUAGUACCUUAAAUGAUUAUAAAGCUUUCGCUGGAGUAAUGUCAUAUGAAAUAAGUGCAAGAUGCUGUGACAACAAGAAGCUGCAUGCAUACUGAAAUUCUCAACACUUUUCAACUUAUUACUGCAUAUUUUACAUAGUAGCUUUAUAGCUAUUUUACAUAGAACAUUUUUUUUUUUCAAUCCUUGACUUGUAAAAUUCACUUAUUUGAAUGAAACUGUUGCCUCAAAGUAGUUUUACCUUCGAGGUUAAAAGCCGAGGUGUGUUUUUGGUUUGUGGCUUUAGAGAGCAGUUUUACAUGGUAUUCAGGUUUAACUGUAAAUUGAAUUUCAUGGUAGGGUAAAAUAGUGAUGCCAAUGUUUGUCAGUUGCAAGUUGGUAAUUUUAUUGCUUUUCAAUAAAUUUCAGUCUUGCUUUUUUAGGAACUUACACAAUUCCACUCAAGUUUUCCAUUGGACGCAACGGUACUUUUCAAGUCGUGAACUGUACCCUCCUUAAGGAAACUCAACCUUUGAGAGGAGAUAAACUAAAAUAUUUGUCACAAAAAUAUCUUAUAUGCACAUUAAUCAGUUGUAAUAAUUUUGUAGAUGAUCUCAUUUUUUUCCUAAGCUUGUGGUUUGAUUGUGAGGUAUUUUUUGUGUGGAAUUCAUUGCGCUUUGUUAAUACAGAGAAGUUGUGUGGGUUGACAUAGAAAUUGCUGGUUAAUUGGUUUGAUAAACAUAGAUGGCUAGGCUUUAAUAUUCAAUUUGGACUGAUCAAUUUAAAUAUGUUUAGCUACCUUACAAAACUGAUGACAGAAUUAAAUGCUUGAUUUCUUAAUCGAAUUUGACAGUAUUGAAAUUUUGUACUUUUUGGAAUUUUGAAAUAUUUGUGAAUUCAUAUUUUUUACCAUUAUGAAGGUUUUGAUAAAAAGCUUUUUUUUAUUACCAAAGAUUUAUCUAGAGAACUAUAUAGUAAUGAUGUACCUGUUUCAAGAUGUUUGAGUGCAUAAGAUAUUUCAAAGAAAUACAUUAGUGCUCGACGAGAAAUAUAAAUUCAUUUUAGAAAGAUUUUAAGGCUUGGUUUGUGAUAGUUUAGGUACCUGUGUUCAACACAGCAACUAAAUGCAAGUCUAGUGUGAAGGUCAAGUGGUUGCUCUUUUAGGAACCCACUGUUGUUCGAAGCCAAAAUUGAUCAGUACUCAUUCCUUAAAGGCAUUUAAAGAAUUGAUAGAGAUAUGUACAAUGCCAUUUACUUACUAACCAUUUUCUUUACUUUUCUCAAAGUUUUUGUCCAUAGUUUUGGGUGGGUGGGUGAGCCCAGUGUGAAUGUGGAAUGUUAAUGCUACACUGAGUAUGGCAUUGCCAUAUGAAGUUGAUGCUACUAAGAGGGCACUGUAUUUAAUAAACUAGUUAAAUUUAUAAUUUAUAACUUAUAUAAAUUACUAGAACUUUUAUAUUAUUGAUAGAUAGCUAUUGUACUUUUGACACUGGGAGUGCCAAUAAUUUUCUGUAUAUGUUUUUGUUUGAUAUGUUGAUUGAGAUUUUUCUGUUGUUUUCAUCUAAUGUUCCUUUUUUGUAAAUAGAUUAUUUUAUUUUGUAUAUUCAAAGAUAAGUAUUUGAUGAUGUGGUUUUAGUAUAUUAUCAUGUGGGCAUUUUUAGUUGUAUUAACGGUACCACAGAUUGUGAAAAUAUUCUAGAAGUAUUAACACCAAUCCAGCAUUCAAAACACAUUUGCAUGUGUUUGCUAGUACUGAAAUACAGGAAAUGAUUGUAUGUUAGUAAAGUAUUAACAUGCAAGCGCUGAAAUAUUUUUUAUCCCAAGAUAUAGCAUUAUUUAGGAACAGUUCCACUUUAAAUGUGGAAUUGCAGCUGUUAUUUUUAUUUAAAAAAAAAAAAAGAGAGAGAGAACGACUUGCGCACACUGUUGAGGAAUGGUAUGUACGCUUAAUUAUUAAGACAUCAUCAGUUUCAGCAGUACUGCAGAAGCAAUCGGUUUAUUGUUGCCUUUGUGUUUAACAAUGUUCCCCAUGAUAGAUUUUAUAAAUUUAAUGUCUGUAAACAUGUUCAUACUAAAAACUUUACAAAAUAAAUAAUAGGUUUCUAA